UAUUAAAGUGAAACCAAACGACAUUAAUAAACCUUCACAAGUCACUACCUCUCUGCGAUUCCCACAUCCUCCCCCUUCUCCUUUCUCUCUCUAGCAUUUCAUAUUGUGCGUCAAGAGCUUGCCUUCAUCUAUCACACAGAUACACACACAUAUACAUAAGUACGUACGUACAUACAUACAUACAUACAUACAUACAUAUAUAUAUAUAUACAUACAUAUAUAUAUAUAUAUAUAUAUAUAUGGAAACACAAACGGAACUUCCAAUAGUUUGAAUUCCGAUUUGGGUUUCCAAUUGUGUGACUGGCAAAUUUGGCGGGAAUCAACAGUCGAUCCUGAGAUUCUUGAGAGGUGGGUAUUGGUUAUAUAUAGGUAUACAUAUAUGUAUUGAUGGCUAACCCAUCCGGGACAAAUCAUGAGCCGUCUCAGCCGAGUCACGGCCCCUCCUCGGCCUUCAACGGCCCCAUCAAUGAUUAUCCGGUUCCGGCGCCGCCGGAUAAGUCGGGCAAGGUUGCUUCUAUGAAUCCCUACUUGGCUAUAUCGACGGAUUGGAAUGCUGAAGAGCAGUCAGUUCUUGAAGAUGGGCUCAUCAAAUAUGCUUCUGAAUCAAGCGUAAGUCGAUAUGCUAAGAUUGCUCUGAAGUUACAGCAUAAGACAGUUAGAGAUGUGGCAUUGCGUUGCAAAUGGAUGACUAAAAAGGAAAAUAGCAAGAGAAGGAAAGAGGAUUUAGCAAGAAAAAGCAAGGAUAGAAAGGAAAAAUCCACUGAGCCUUUGGUGAGGUCUUGUCAGAUGGCAGCCCGGCCCAACUUUCCUUCAUAUGUUCAGGGGAUGUUUACUACAGAAAAUGAUGAUGGCAACUCAUACAAAGGCAUUGGUGGCGCUACAGGGCAGCUUCUUGAGCAAAAUGCUCAGUAUUUUAAUCAGAUUUCUGCAAAUUUCACAGCUCAGCAGAUACACGAGAACAUCAGUCUCUUUUGCCAAGCUCGGGACAAUAUCCUCAAAAUCUUGAACAAUUUCACCGGAGGUCAACACCUGGAGUUAGUGGAGGUAACAUGUUUGAAUGACAUGCCCCAAGUUAUGAAGCAGAUGCCACAAUUGCCAGUGAGCAUGAAUGAAGAGCUAGCUAACUCCAUCCUUCGCUGCACAUAGCUCCUGAUGCAAUCACGAUCCUGCCACCAUUUGAAACAACCUUUGAAUACUUCUAGCAGAUCAUUUAUCUCUAUCGGGAUUUUUCCCGACUUUGCAAAACUCGGACGAGGGCAGAGGCUCUCAAUCAAGUUGCCUCGUCGCUUUUUGUCUUAAAGCAAUAAUCAAAUGACCCAUUGUACCAAAUACAAUGAGGGUUUUAGACUUUCUGUUUUAGUUUCCUCAUCGCGUUUGUUAAAAAUUUGAAUUAAGCUUGUACAGUGAAUGCUUAGAUAUCGCUGAGGAUUAGUGAAUAAAAGUAGUGUUUAAGUUUUUCGUACACAUACUAAUCAAAUGUUGUCAGCUGGGACAGCUUGUAUUAGUGACCAUAAACAGAUUUGCAACCCCUUUGGGCUUCACCGCUGAGUUCUGAGCGGUGGAGGGUUUUUGCCCACCACAUUCUGCUAUUAUUGUCGCAUUGAAUUGUUAACCACGUUCACAA